UUCCCGUUUGCUGAAGGGAGAACCAGCAACGCGAAUAGACAGGAUACAUAGCCAGCUAGUUAGCUACAUAGCUAGAGUGACUCGGCAAUUAAAAGCAUCUAUCCAACUCUUGUUAGUCGCUUUGUUUUUAACUUUUAGAUUUGGUCUAGUUUCUUCUUUUCUUUUAAACCCGCAAAUUAUAAUCCCUGUAGACGCUUUGCCAGGUACAUACAGGAGGAGCGGAUUGCAGGCACAGUGAGGGGACAGAGAAGGAUUAUUGAUGUCCAGCUCGCCGCUGUCCAAGAAACGCCGCGUGUCUGGAUCAGAGACGAAGACGGGAUCUCACUGCUCCUCCUCAAACUCUGUCAGAACCGAACUACCCCAAAACCCGACUAACGGCAUGGCUAGAAAUGGCAGUGAAGUGGAGAUUGAUGAAGGCCUGUACUCCAGACAGCUCUAUGUGCUCGGCCAUGAGGCCAUGAAGCGCAUGCAGUGCUCCAACGUGCUCGUCUCCGGCCUGCGAGGGCUGGGUGUGGAGAUCGCCAAAAAUGUCAUCCUGGCCGGGGUCAAGAGUGUCACGCUGCACGACCAGGGCCCUGCUGAGUGGAGGGACCUGUCCUCUCAGUUUUACAUGCGGGAGGAGGACUUGGGAAAGAACCGGGCGGAGGUCAGUCAGUCCCGCCUCGCUGAGCUCAACAGCUAUGUGCCUGUGGUGGCGUACACUGGCACUCUUACCGAGGAGUACCUCGCCCAGUUCCAGGUGGUGGUCCUGACCUGCUCCAGUCUGGAUGAGCAGCUGCGCAUUGGGGAGCUAUGCCACAGCAAGGGAAUCAAACUCAUCAUUGCAGACACCCGUGGGCUGUUUGGUCAGCUGUUCUGUGACUUUGGCGAGGACAUGCUGGUUUUCGACACCACCGGGGAACAGCCCCUCAGUGCCAUGGUCUCCAUGGUUACAAAGGACACUUCAGGCGUGGUGACGUGUUUGGACGAGGCUCGGCACGGUUUCGAGAGCGGCGAUUAUGUCACGUUCACAGAGGUGCAGGGAAUGACAGAGCUCAACGGCGCCAAGCCUAUGGAGAUUAAAACCCUAGGACCCUACACCUUCAGCAUCUGCGACACAACCUCUUUCUCGGACUAUGUCAGAGGCGGUAUCGUCUCUCAGGUCAAGAUGCCCAAGAAGGUCGCCUUUAAAUCUCUGCCUGCCUCAAUGGCGGAUCCAGAGUUCGUGCUCACGGACUUCGCUAAAUUCGACCGGCCCGGCCAACUGCACCUGGGCUUUCAAGCCCUGCAUGCCUUCCAGAAGAAGCACAACCGUCUGCCUAAGUCCUGGAACCAGGCAGACGCAGAUGAGCUGGUGUCUCUGACUGAAGAGCUGAACGGGGCCCAAUCUGGGGGGGCCAAGCAGGAGCAGCUGGACGAGGGCGUCCUGCGCAAGCUGGCCUACGUUUCUGCCGGAGACCUGGCCCCUAUCAACGCCUUUAUCGGGGGCCUUGCCGCGCAGGAGGUCAUGAAGGCCUGCACGGGGAAGUUCACGCCCAUGAUGCAGUGGCUGUAUUUCGACGCCCUGGAGUGUCUGCCGGAGGGCGACGCUCCCCUGCCCACAGAGGAGGAGUGUGUGCCAAGGAACUCUCGUUAUGACGGGCAGAUAGCUGUCUUUGGCUCCAAGCUGCAGGAGGAGCUGGCCAAGAAGAGAUACUUCCUGGUGGGCGCUGGCGCCAUUGGCUGUGAGCUGCUGAAGAACUUUGCCAUGAUUGGCUUGGCCUGCGGGGAGGGCGAGGUCAUCGUCACCGACAUGGACACCAUCGAAAAAUCCAACCUCAACCGCCAGUUCCUGUUCCGGCCCGGAGAUGUGUCGAAGAUGAAGAGCGAUACGGCCGCUGCAGCGGUGAAGCAGAUGAACCCGUCCAUCCGGAUCUGCAGCCACCAGAACCGCGUGGGGCCGGACACCGAGCGCGUCUACGACGACGAGUUCUUUGAAAGCCUGGACGGCGUGGCCAACGCCCUGGACAACGUGGAUGCGCGCAUGUACAUGGAUCGCAGGUGUGUGUAUUACCGCAAGCCUCUUCUGGAGUCCGGUACGUUGGGCACCAAGGGCAACGUGCAGGUGGUGAUGCCGUUCUUGACCGAGUCCUACAGCUCCAGCCAGGACCCACCCGAGAAAUCCAUCCCAAUCUGCACCCUGAAGAACUUCCCCAACGCCAUCGAGCACACCCUGCAGUGGGCACGUGAUGAGUUUGAAGGUCUUUUCAAGCAGCCAGCGGAGAAUGCCAUGCAGUACCUCACAGACCCUAAGUUCAUGGAGCGCACUCUGAAGUUGCCGGGGGCUCAGCCCCUGGAGGUUCUGGAGGCCGUGUACCGCAGCCUGGUGGCGGACUGCCCCCACAGCUGGGAGGACUGCGUGACGUGGGCCCGUAACCACUGGCAACUGCAGUACAGCAACAACAUCCGUCAGCUGCUGCACAACUUCCCCCCUGAGCAGCUGACUAGCUCAGGAGCUCUGUUCUGGUCUGGACCGAAGCGGUGCCCCCACGCCCUGGAGUUCAGCUGCAGCAAUGACCUGCAUAUGGACUACGUCCUGGCUGCUGCCAACCUGCUGGCGCACUCGUACGGGCUCCCCGGCUCUACGGACCGCGCCGCCCUGGCCCAGCUGCUCCAGGGCGUCGCCGUGCCCACCUUCACCCCCCGCUCCGGGGUCAAGAUCCAUGUCUCUGACCAGGAGAUGCAGAAUGCCCACGCCUCUGUCGACGACUCCAGACUGGAGGAGCUGAAGGUGCUGCUACCCAACGCGGACGCCGCGUCCCGGUUCAAGCUCUGUCCCAUCGAAUUUGAGAAGGAUGACGACAGCAAUUUCCACAUGGACUUCAUCGUCGCCGCCUCCAACCUGCGGGCGGAGAACUACGACAUCCCCCCUGCCGACAGACACAAGAGCAAGCUGAUCGCGGGGAAGAUCAUCCCGGCCAUCGCCACGACGACGGCGGCGGUGGUGGGCCUGGUGUGCCUGGAGCUGCUGAAGAUCGCGCAGGGUCACCAGCGGAUCGAGUCCUACAAGAACGGCUUCAUGAACCUGGCCCUGCCCUUCUUCGCCUUCUCCGAGCCCAUCGCCGCUCCCAAACACAAGUACUACGAGGAGGACUGGACCCUGUGGGACCGCUUUGAGGUGAAAGGCCUGCAGCCCAGUGGGGAGGAGAUGACCCUCAAACAGUUCCUGGACUACUUUAAGAAUGAACACAAGCUGGAGAUCACCAUGCUGUCCCAGGGUGUAUCCAUGCUGUACUCCUUCUUCAUGCCUGCUGCCAAACUGAAAGAGAGGCUGCAGCUGCCGAUGACGGAGAUCGUGACCAAGGUCUCUAAGAAGAAGCUGGGGAAGCACGUCCGGGCGCUGGUGUUCGAGCUGUGCUGCAACGACCUGAACGACGAGGACGUGGAGGUGCCCUACGUCCGCUACACCAUCCGCUGAGGCCGGGGCCGGGGCCGGGGGCCACGGGCAGGGGCCGGGGGCCAGAACACCCUCGUGGAUGCACAUCUGCCAGAGGAGCCAAAGAGUGUGUUGGCGGGAGAGGGCGGGAGCAAUCCGGUUUGGGACUUUGGAUAGCUUGAAAUUAGAGGCAUUUUCUUUUCUUUUUUUUUUUUUUUUUUUUCACCACAGCCAAUAAAACCACAAGGGUGAGAAGGAAUUGGAUCAUUCAUAGUUUCAUGUAAGAUGGACCUUAUUCUCCCUCUUGUAGAUGGGGUGGAGUAUCUAGGUAGAGCAUGUUCUUCAGACCUUAAAACAGUACUGUUUUUUUUUUUUUUUUUUUUUUUUUUUUUUUACACUGUGCAGCUACACUGUAAUAAAUCACAUCGUAUACCUACAAUCUCCUACAUGUUGUGUUCUUUUAAACUACUACUGUUCUUAUUUCCUUUCUUAUUCCCAGUAUAUUUCUUAUACUGGGAAUAUCUGCUUGGAAUUUCUGACCCUCCCCUCUCCCAGAUUGAAAUGAUACGGAUAACGGCACCAAAAAAAUGUCUAUUGGGGAAGACUCAUUUAAAAAAAAAUAAUAAUAAAUUAAAUGAAGAGCACAUGGGUGAAACGGUCAGAUUUGUGUCCCUGAAUCUUUGCCCUGGGAGCGUGUGUGGAUGGAGCCACAGGUGUCAGUGCGUUGGAGGUGCCCUCCUGGCCACUCCCCUGUACACCUGUAGGUGGCGCUCUGCUGGCUUUGUGAAUGUUACUUUCCCUGGCUUUAGCUGGGGCCAGUGCCCCAUUAUUUGGUUUUGUCUCGUUUUUAUAUUUUUUAUUUUUUAGGGGUGAUGGGUGGGUGAAUUCUGGCACACACCUUGUAGAACAUGAUCUCUGUAUUCUUUCUACUUUGUUUAAAACUAAAAAAAUAAAACUAAAAAAAUAAAAUAAAAUAGGGUUUAAAAAACACAAAAAAAAACAAAAAAAUAAAACAGGUUAAGGAUAUUCUGUAAUCGGAACACUUGGUGUGAUCAUGAAUAAAGCUGUUAAAGACUUGAA